CAGGAUGUCACGUGACGCGUCGUCCUGUCCGCAUUCACAGAUCCAAGAUGGCGGACGAAAACGUGAAGCUCUCCAGAAACCUUCUAAGCAUGAAGUUCAUGCAGAGAGGUCUGGAUGAAGAGAUGAAGAAGCAGCUGGAGGAAGACGAGAAGAGGAUCAUCAGUGAUGAACACUGGUACCUGGAGCUCCCCGAGCUGAAGGCCAAAGAGAACUUCGUCGUGGAGGAGCGGAGCUUCGUUCCCUGCGAGGAGCUGAAGUUCGGUCGCAUCUCCUUCAAGGGGUUCAACCCAGAGGUCGAGAAACUGAUGCUGCUGAUGAACCCAAAGGAGGAAGAGGAGGAGGAAGAGCAGGAGAGCCGGAUGCCCGCGGACGUCACCGAUGAAGAAAUGGCUCUCAGGUACGAGGGUUUAGUCCGGAGCAUAAAGAAGAAGUUUGCUACGAAGCGCGUGGCGAGCGAAGAGGUCCAGGACCAGGACCUGGACCAGGACCAGGACCUGAAGGAGCCCAAGCGGAUGUUCCUGAAGCCUCGGGACUGACCCCUCCGGCCGGGUAGACGUCCUGUUGACUUCAUGAAACUCGGCUCUCUUAAAGCGACAGUACGGUGUGACGGCAGCAUCGCCCGCCCGCCUGGACACGGGACCGUCAGCGAGGAGACAUCCCAUAAUCCUCUCUGGCUCGUGUGCUCCCGGAGACGUGAGGACAAACGAUGACGUCAUGUUUUUAUCUUUAGGACCAAAGACGGUGGAUUUAAAUAAAUGUCAAAACAGUU